CUUCAACUUUUUCCUUGUUCUUCUUAAAAAUGACGGUUUCAAUGGAAGAGAAUUCUAAGAUUCAGAUGUUAUCAGCUACAAGUAAAGAUAAGAAAGUUGCGACUGAUAGAAGUCUUUUGAAUAAAUAUCACCUUGGACCUCUUGCCCUGCAUACGGGCCUAGUUUUAAGCUGCGUAACUUAUGCACUGGGUGGAGCAUAUUUAUUCUUAUCAAUUGAGCAUCCAGAAGAGCUCAAAAGACGUGAAAAGGCAAUUCGAGAAUUUCAAGAUCUCAAGCAACAAUUUAUGGGAAAUAUUACUUCUGGAAUAGAAAAUUCGGAACAAAGUAUAGAAAUAUAUACGAAGAAGUUAAUUUUAAUGUUGGAAGAUGCUCAUAAUGCUCAUGCAUUUGAAUACUUUUUUCUAAAUCACGAAAUACCAAAAGAUAUGUGGACUUUCUCGUCAGCGUUGGUGUUUACCACAACUACAGUAAUACCUGUUGGGUAUGGAUAUAUUUUUCCCGUAUCAGCAUAUGGUCGAAUGUGUCUAAUUGCAUAUGCUCUACUCGGAAUUCCACUGACUCUUGUUACUAUGGCUGAUACUGGCAAGUUUGCUGCCCAAUUGGUAACACGUUGGUUUGGAGAUAAUAAUAUGGCAAUUCCUGCAGCUAUAUUCGUUUGUCUUCUCUUUGCUUAUCCACUUGUUGUCGGAUUUAUUUUAUGUUCAACUUCUAAUAUCACAUACUUGGAUUCUGUUUAUUUUUCAUUGACGUCAAUUUUUACAAUAGGGUUUGGAGAUUUGACACCUGACAUGAACGUAAUCCAUAUGGUUUUAUUUCUGGCUGUUGGCGUAAUUCUUGUAACAAUUACUCUCGACAUUGUAGCUGCUGAAAUGAUUGAUAGAGUACAUUACAUGGGUCGGCAUGUUGGAAAAGCUAAAGAAUUAGCUGGAAAAAUGUUCCAAUUGGCUCAAUCAUUAAAUAUGAAGCAGGGAUUGGUGUCAGGAGUCGGACAAUUGCAUGCAUUGGCAAGAUUUGGAAUGUUGGUUGGCAGAGAGGAAGUCGACAAAACUCAAGAAGACGGGAUUAUUGCAUUUUCUCCCGAUGUUAUGGAUGGACUAGAAUUCAUGGAUACUCUAUCCAUUUAUAGCCGGAGGAGUCGACGAUCAGCAGAAAACUCUGCGAGAAAUCUUUUUUUGUCCUAAUCAUUUUUUAAUUUUAUAUUUCGAAGAUCCAUUAUUGAAGAAUAUAAUUUUUUGGAUAUGAAUAUUUUACCAUGACAA